AUGCGUACCAGACAAUUGCAUCUCUGGAUAUCUGCAUCCCGAGACAAAUGCGUACCAGACAAUUGCAUCUCUGGAUAUCUGCAUCCCGAGACAACUGCGUACCAGACAAUUGCAUCUCUGGAUAUCUGCAUCGUUUGCGUACAACAAUGCGCAUCCUGGAUAUCUGCAGACAAAUGCGUACCAGACAAUUGCAUCUCUGGAUAUCUGCAUCCCGAGACAAAUGCGUACCAGACAAUUGCAUCUCUGGAUAUCUGCAUUCCUGAACAAAUGCGUAUCCAGACAAAUGCGUGCAGGAUAUCUGCAUCCCUAGACAAAUGCGUACCGACAAUUGCAUCUCUGAUAUCUGCAUCCCGAGACAACUACGUACCAGACAAUUGCAUCUCUGGAUAUCUGCAUCCCGAGACAAAUGCGUACCAGACAUUUGCAUCUCUGGAUAUCUGCAUCCCGAGACAAAUGCAUUACCAGACAAUUGCAUCUCUGAUAUCUGCAUCCCAGAACAAAUGCGUACCAGACAAUUGCAUGCAUCCCAGGACAAAUAUCUGCAUCCCGAUAUCUGCAUCCCGAGACAAAUGCGUACCAGACAAUUGCAUCUCUGGAUAUCUGCAUCCCGAGACAAAUGCGUACAACAAUUUCUGCGUAUCUGCCCCGAGACAAUUGCAUCUCAAUUGCAUCUCUGGAUAUAUCCCGAGACAAAUGCGUACAGACAAUUUGAGGAUAUCAACUGCGUACCAGACAAUUGCAUCUCUGGAUAUCUGCAUUCCUAGACAAUUGCAUGCGUACCAGACAAUUGCAUCUCUGGAUAUCUGCAUCCCGAGACAACUGCGUACCAGACAAUUGCAUCUCUGGAUAUCUGCAUCCCGAGACAACUGCGUACCAGACAAUUGCAUCUCUGGAUAUCUGCAUGGACAUCUGACAAUUGCAUCUCUGGAUAUCCCGCAUUCCAAUUUGUAUGAGACAACUGCGUAUCCAGACAAUUGCAUCUCUGGAUAUCUGCAUCCCGCAAAUUCCUACAAUUGCAUCAAUCUGCGUACCAGACAAUUGCAUCUCUGGAUAUCUGCAUCCCGAGACAAAUGCUGCGGAUAA